AUGGACACCACUUCACAGCGAGGUGCCAGUACUUCUGUCGGCACGUCGCAGGAAGAGCGGGACCGCAAUGUGUUGCGUCUCGCUCCAGAAAAGAAGGCAUGGAUGCCUCCUAAAUCUGUCAUGGAUCACUUGUCGGCGACGACGAGUGAUCGUUAUCGAACACGAUUGUUCGAUUCGUCGAGGAUUCAUCACCUUGACCCCAGCGCGAAAGACUAUCGCGCUGAACAUGAGUUCUUCAUCGAUGCUUUCUUCAGACAUCGAUGGUACAGUGGGAAUCACAAACGUGAUGGUCCCUCACUACUUCAGGCGUGGAACGCCUACAUCCAUAAUCUCGAGGAUGUAGGUCGUGACGCUUGGAACGACAAACUUAUCAAAGCUCGUGAUAAGUUUGAAAAGCGAACCCCGACAGGUGCACGCUACAAGCUGCAUCGUCUGUCAAAGGAGAAAGGAUUACCCUGCCUUUCUUGGGGAGACUCGUGCCCAUGUUGUGUGAACAACUCUGCACGAGCACCUAAGGAGGCUUACCUCCUUACCAGCCCGUGGUGGCGCGUACGUGUCUCUACUGAGAUGUACGAAGGGAUUGACAACCUGAAAUCCCUUUACGACCGUGCCGGGAAGACUUUCUCCGGCGGUCCUUCUGCGGCACAGGAUGUGUCGCGUCGUACUGCUCGACCAGACCCAGUACGUCGAUCAUCAGUUGGGAGCGGGGCUCCCAAGAAUCCCAGGACGGGGGAUAGCCGCGCCACCGGACGAGGUAACUCGUCCGACGUCCGUUCACGUCGCGGUGGUUCAACAGCUGCUCUACUAGAUAGCGCUGGCCACCGCGAGAGUCCUCUAAUGGAGGUGGAGGAGGAGGAAAGACGCUCUCCACACGAUCAUGUGGAUCGGUGUGUUCCCGAGAGCUUCUUUGAUCGCGUAACGCAAGGGUUACGCGACGAUCUCGAGCAUGAGCGGAAUAGGCGUCUCCAGAUGGUGGACACUGCCUCGAAGCAUCGAGCUGAGUUUGCCUUUGCUCAGCUUGAGAACGAGAGAUCUCUGACAUCUCUUCGUGACGAGCUAAGGGUAGCUCGUGGGAUUGUUGAUCGGUCUCGGGAUGAGAUAACUGCUCUUCAGACCCUUGUCGAUGCCCACCAUCGGGAGCACAAGGCUCUCUGCGAGAUGCUUGAGCGCAAGGGCGUUCUUCAUCGGAAGAAGCAGCGUACUGAUGGUACGGCUUAA